GCUGUCAUUAAGUGAGGCCAGAGUUAUACUCUUGUAUUCAACCAAAGAAGAGGCCCAAGAGAUCAUCGCCGCCGCCGAAGAGCUCAAAAUGACCGGAAAGAACUACAUGUGGAUCGUGACACAGAGCGUUUUGGGCGGCGCCGCCGACUACGCCCCUGGUGAAUUUCCGCCCGGAAUGCUAGGCGUUCAUUUCAAUACAACACACCAACGAUUGUUAGAUGAAAUCGAGAGAGCGGUCACUAUAUUCGGACACGGAUUGGAGCUGUUUGUGAACGACGCCAAGAAUCUGAACCUAAGUCUAUCGCCAAACCUGAGCUGCAAUGGAUCGGCAGAAACGCGUUGGAGUCGAGGAGACAUAUUUUUCAAGUCUGUAUCGAUUCGUGUCUUUCCAUCCCUUCAUGUCAUG